AUGGCAGCAACCGCAACGGCAACGACUGCCAUCGACAACAUUCCAUCCAGGUCAAUGCCAGAGGCCGUGGCCGGUACAAAGAGAAGAGCCGCGGCGACGACAGCGACCGCAGCAGCACCAGCGACGAGCGACUCCGACUUCGCUCAUGCCAACCGAUCCUCGAAACUACCCAAGGACCUUGCCGGAAAACCCAUCCCGCGAUCCAAGCACUGGGGCUAUGAUCUGACUCUGCUCCAGCCUCGGGCUUUUGUUUGGAAGAACCUGGUCAACAUUGUCCUGAUCGGGGGCUUCACCCUCUUCAAUUCGUCGGCUUUUGGUCACGCGGUCUAUGAUGAUCUCACCACAAGGUUCGGCUCGUUCAAUCUGCGCUUCUUUGGUACUUGGAUCAUCACCACCUCGGUGCUGUGGGGCUUGUCCGCUCUUUACGCCCUUGCCGACCUCACCGGCAGACCCAAGUGGCUGUACAAGUACAAAGUGCAACCGUUUGUUCGGGUCAAAGGCACAGAGUAUGCCAACAUCGCGCUUGGCGCACUGCGCAAUCUUGUCGUUGUUGCGACACCGCUCAUGCUUGUGGGUGCCUGGACGAUUCCCACGCCAACUUCAUCCGACCAGCUUCCCGGUCCACUGAGAACAGUGGCUACCGUCCUUUUUGAUGCCAUCUUCUUUGCGCUCGCUCUUCGCGUGGCGACAGUGCUCUGCACCGAGAUCGGCUUCUUUCACGUCCACCGUUGGUUCCACUCGCCAGCCAUGUAUGCACGUUUCCACAAAAAGCACCACGAGUACACAGCUCCCGUGGCGCUGGCCGCUACAUACUGCACCAUGACCGAGCACCUGUUCUCGAACCUCCUCCCCAACGUCAUCGGCGCCCUGAUCGUCCCACACCACUGGAGCCAAUACGUCUUCGCCUUCACUUUCCUCGAAAUCGGCACGAUCCAGGCUCAUUCCGGUUACUACAUUCCGGGGUUUAACAGUCCGCUCCAGCACGAUUUCCAUCACUUUGCUUUCACCGAGAACUUCGGCCCGAUAGGUCUCAUGGAUACAGUCUACGGUACCAACCUCCGAUACCGAAAGACGCUCGCCGAGGCGAAGCAGAACAACAACGGCAGCGAGGUUUCGGCUCGCUUGGAGGUGCUCACCUUCCUUGCCCAGCGAGAGGUCGAAGAAUCGGAAGCGUUGGAAGCGCAAAACAAGAAAGCUGCCUAG